CUCGGGAGCUCUGUCUCCCUCUCGAAAAUGAAGUGAAAGACUUUCUUGCGUCGCCUAGGCUAGCCUGCUGCUUUCGAGUGUUCGCGUUCGGGUUUCGUAGAUGCGGUCUUCUGUCGGCUGAUAUUUUGACUUCAUUUUUCUAGUACGUCAGCACCAUGACGCAUGGUCUUGUGCAUCUCCAUCUUGAUGGUCUACUAAGCUCCCCGACGAACAUGAGUCCGAGGAAAACUGAUUCUCGGUUGCAGAGUUGCGAAUCGAACUGCAGAUAGAGAGAGCGAAAACCCCUAUAAAUAAACGAGCGCGAGAAGGAACGGGACGUCCCGGAGAGGAGAGAUAGAUGAGUGAACAAAACAUCGGGUCGAUAGCGUCUUUGUCGACUCUAAUCCCAUGUCUUUCACGGUGUUGCACUUUGAAAUUCUCUACCGCAGCUCCUCUCUCUCGUUUGUACUAGAUCGGCUCAACGCAACGCUGUGCCACGUAAACUCUUGUUCACGUAUCUUCUGAGAAGCAUCUAUUCGAUAGCCAAAGCUAGGGGCUAAGACAGCCGAUAAAUUUUUCUCUUUUAAAUUUGAACUCCUACUCCGUCCACAAUGGCGGGCAAGGAGGUAAAGCUCAUCAAGGCCAUCGCCACGCAGGAAGACUUCGAGUCAGUCAUUGCCAGCGAGAAGAGGCUAAUCGUGCUGGACGUGUACUUUUUGUUUCUGGGAAUUUGUGAUGCAUUAUUGACGCAUGAGACAUCGGCUUUGUCAUCCAGAAGCCUAUUGAAGAUGAAGACACAACAAAAAAAUGAUCAGGUACCACCAAUGGUACGGACCCUGCGCACAGAUGGAACCAACAUUCAAGUCCUUGGCAGCAAACACGGAUAUCCAUCGCGAAGUUGUCAGGGCGCUUGAGAUUUUACGAGAUUUGAUAUGUGCAGAACUACGCUUAGCUUUACAAUCUAUGUCUCACCCCAGAGAGCUGCGUUUGUCUUGCACGAUCUCUCAGUACUGAAAAUGCCACUAAAUAUCGAAUCUGGCCGUGACCUCCUGACUCUGACACGUUUGCAAUGCAUAGUGUAUUUUUGGGAACUGCGAGGGCAGUUUUACAUGGUACACGAUAUCACAUUUGAUGUCUCGAUCUGCAUCUGCAUGAAAGGUAACGUAGCGUUUCCACUAUAUCAAUAGACUUUACCUGCAAGUUGUACGCAUGACAAAUUUUUUAAAAAAAAAACCAGAUGGAUUUAUCCGUUGUGCCAGCAAUUGAAGAAAAAUACCUGGCGUGCAAAGCAAAGGCAAAGCCAAUGUUUCUUUUCUACAUGGGUGGCAAGCAAGUGGGCGAGGUCCUCGGCUGCGACGCACCAAAAAUCUUGGGUAUGUUUUGUUUCUCUGGUCUUUGUCAUGCAUUUGUUGAGUACACAGUUUUUUUCCGUCGCGGAUGCAUGACUGAGGAUGAAGAUCACGAACAAAUGCUAUUUUUGUGCAAUCCAAAUCCAAUCGCAAUCCCACCAGGUGCGAUCGAAGACAAUCUGCCGCCCUGGAAUCCGGAAGAAGAGUAAGUUGUCAGCGUCGGAGGUGGCAUACUUGUUCCCAUUUAAACCUUCAGCCCAGCAGUACAAAAGCAGCCGAAAAAUAAGAACUCCUUUCAUUUUGUACCAACCCACCACGAAAAUGAAAAACACAACGUGUGUUGUGUUGACCCGAGCUUCCCACCCCUCCCGACGAACGCGCGGCCUUCUCCUACGAUAUUAAAACAGUUUGAUGCGACACCAGCACAACUCUGAGGGAUACAAUACAAUACUUCAAAGCUGCAAGCGCAGAUACAGAACAACUAUGGAACGAAAUGUUACGCUUUCGAAAUCGGCCUUGUCGAUAUUCAACCUGUACGCAGUAGUUGCGAGAAAUAUCAAAUCUAACGAUAAAUUUUUAGAUGCGCUUGUUUUUUCCAGCGGUGCCUCGAACACGGCGUGAGGUGUGCGGUUUUUCUUGUGCAUUAUCCCUUGUUCAGGUAAAAAUGUGUUGGUCGGU